AACUAACAGGGUAACAUGAUGUUCAGGCAAAGGAGGCCUGCAGGUGUUUAGGUGCCGGCGGCCACCCGGCCCUGCCUCCGGACACACCCCCCGGGGGAACGAGGAUGACACAAUCCCCUGUCACCAUUCCCGCUUAUCUCUCCAGCCCUUUUGGCGCCACCACCUUCUUAGAAAUGAGUCAGGGAGAAGGGGUGGGGGUUCAGAUCCCCCCCUCCAGCCACUCACAUAAAAGUCCACUAGCUGUACCCCGGACACCCAGAGCGCCCCGCAGACGCCCAGCAGCCCAGCCCAGCACGCAGACUGCCUGGACCAUGGCCCUGCCUGCCCAGCUCCCGGCCGCCGGCCUCCUGCUGCUCCUCCUCACCGGCUGGGCCAGCAGCGCCGUCCUCCAGCCACAGACAGGAAAGCUCGCCGCCCUCCAGCCCUGGCACACAGCGGAAACCCAGACAGGCUCGCAGCCCGUGACCCAGAGGCUGAGAAAGCGAGACACCCACUUUCCCAUCUGUAUCUUCUGCUGCAAGUGCUGCCAGAUGAACUCAGACUGUGGCUUUUGCUGCAAAACAUAGUGGGGUCCCUUCCCCACCUCCCCACCCCCCACUCCAGGCCUCAACCUCCCUUAUUUAUUCCUGUCACCCCCUUCCCAGUG